AUGAACUCAUUACUGUCGAGUUGUGUGGUUUUCGUAUUUUUCUUUAGUUGUUCGGAACAGACAUAUUUUCUAAACAAAGACUACAUAAGCUCAAUCAAUAGUGUUGCGAAGACUUGGAAGGCUGGCAUCAACUUUCAUCCGGAAACACCUUUGAAAUUCGUAUUGGGACUUUUGGGCUCAAAAGGCGUGGAGGUAUCUUCGGCGGGUCCGUUUAAGUCACAUGACCCACUGUACAGCUAUGCCGGAAGUAUUCCCAAAGAAUUUGAUGCUAGAAAACGAUGGAGGAACUGUAAGACGAUCGGGACGAUUCGCGAUCAAGGCAAUUGCGGGUCUUGUUGGGCGUUCAGUACUUCCGGAGCUUUUGCCGACCGUUUGUGCAUAGCGUCGAACGGAUCAUUCAAUCAACUUUUAUCGGCUGAACACGUGACGUCUUGUUGUUACCAGUGCGGUUUAGGUUGUCAAGGAGGUUAUCCGAUCAGAGCUUGGCGAUAUUACAUUAAAAACGGUCUGGUCACUGGAGGAAACUUUAACUCGUUUGAAGGAUGUCAGCCGUACUUGUUUCCACCGUGCACGGGAAGCAACUCUUGUAGCGGUCAAUCGGAAAAAAAUCACAAAUGCCAAAAACAAUGCUACGGAAAUACAUCGAUUUCCUAUAAGGACGAUCUCAGAUAUGUUAAAGGAUCGCCAUAUGUCCUGGCCUACGAUAACAUACAAAAUGACAUAAUGACUUACGGACCAAUCGAGUCAUCUUUUGACGUGUACGACGACUUUAUAUCGUACAAGUCAGGUGUAUACUCCAAAUCGCCCAACGCCAAGUAUUUGGGAGGCCAUUCCGUUAAGUGCAUCGGAUGGGGAGUCGAAAGGAACGUGUCCUAUUGGCUGAUGAUGAACUCGUGGAAUAAAACUUGGGGAGACGGAGGAUAUUUCAAAAUACGGAGAGGCACGAACGAGUGCCAAAUCGAGGAUUCGUCCACAGCUGGGGUGCCGAAAUAUUAUAAAUAG